AUGUCGCGGAGUGACGGCAGAGAUCCGGGCAUCAAUGUGGUGCAACCGGUUGACGCUUCCCGUCUCUCAUGUAACACGACAGUACCGGCCAGCCAGCAUUUCGCCCACUGCGGCUACUGCACCCUAAUUCACAGGGAUUCGACUACCCAGGGCAUGUAUCCCUUGACCCCGGCACAACUCCAAGGAUCUGAAUACCACAGAGAAUCUCCUGAUGCGUUUGCCGGCCUGCCUUCCACUCUGUGGAACCGUGACCUUGGGGGCGAAGCCACUCCGAGCAAGCGGAAAUCUGAAUGCGACUUUGACCGCGUUCCAGGUUACACGUGGAAGCCUACACUAAGUUGCCGGGUCCCAGGUGUCGGAGUGAAAAGACAGUUUAUUCAGCAGGAAUGCGAAGACUCCAUGUCGUCGAUGGAUGCAGGUGUGCCCUCAGUCUCAACGUUGGCGAUGAUGAUUCAGCCCUUUGGUGUGGAGUUAUCGCUGCAAAAUUUUUUAUGGGUUGAUUGGGUUCACCUAGCGGUUCGUGCGUGCGGUUGGUGUGCCCUUUCGGUAUGUUGA